UUUCUCUCUCUAUAACACACUUCAAUCUCCGGCGACUAACCUUUCUUCUCCGGCGACUUCCCUUUCUUCUCCGAUGAAGAAGUUGAUUCGAAGACUCUCACGCGUUGCCGAUUCCUCACAGUACUUUCUUCUCAGAUCCAACAGAGCUAAUGUAACCGCCUCUAGAUCGCGAUUAACCGGAACUCGUUCAACUGUUUCCGUACCAGAAGGACACUUUCCUGUAUACGUCGGCGAAGAGAUGGAGCGGUUCGUUGUUAGUGCAGAUCUAUUGAAUAAUCCGAUCUUCGUUAAUCUUCUUAACAAAUCGGCUCAGGAAUACGGUUACAAACAGAAAGGUGUGCUUCGGAUUCCAUGUAAUGUUGUUGUAUUUGAAAGGAUUCUUCAAGGAGUUUGUUUUGGUGAUGAGAAUAUGGAUCUUGUUAAUUCGCUUUCAGAUGAGUUCGUUUAAACUUUUGUUAAUUGAAUUCCUUGUUAGCGAGAUAAAGUAAUCAGGAAGAGGAACUAGCUGUUAACUUUGGUUUUGUAUAUAAUAAAUCUAUGAUCUGUAAUGAAAUGAAGCAGGAUUUUACUCAAUUUGUAAUGAUUUUGUUGAUGAUUAUGCUCAUUUUGAUAUCAAAUUUGUUAUCUUUUCUUGAUCUAGCACCUCCAUU